AAAAAAAAAAAAAAAAAGAAAGAAACAUCCCGGCAAAUCCCUCUUUUUUGGGCCCUUCAUAUCCAAAUGACAGAUUUAGUGCGUAUUAUACACAUGCGUUACAGCCUAACUUUUGAAGUUAAAGUACUGAUGAGAUGGAUUUAAGCCAUGAUGAAUGCUAAUUAUUUGUUUAUACAGUACUGCUACUAUUACUAUUAUUAUAGUGUUCAAAUCUUUAAGAAAGAAUGGAGCUGUCCAAGUUCUUUCUUUUUGACUGAUCCACUUUAAAAAGUCUUAAGACAUUCUCCUCCAUCUUUAUCUUCACCUUCACCUUCACCUUCAACUUCAAGGCUUCAAGUUCACCAAUGUCGCCCCUGCAGAUUUUCGCUUUUUUCUCAAGCUGUUUCUUAUUCUAUUUGCUGCCUAACUGGUUGGGCUCGUAUGAUCCGAGGGAUAACAGCAUGUGCUUUUAUGAUACCCAAAUGGGAAAAUACGCGUGUAAAGAUAGCCAACACAAUUGUGGGGAUUCCCCUCAGAACUUGAAGUACCCUUUUGAAGGAGGUGAUCAUCCAAGUGACUGCAGGAAGGGCAACUGUUCAACUCCUCCAUUGCAUUCAUUUCAGCGCAGCUUCAGGACUUUAUAUGGCCGAGGUCACCUCGACGUACGACUAGAUUUGGUUCUGAGCGACGAGACUCAUGUCUUGGUUUUCAUCAGCUGUGAAAACCCGGUUACGAAUCCUGAAUCCAACUCCUCCACUUUUCAUCGUUUAGUAGAGAUGAAUGCGCCUUGUCAUGCUGCCAGUGCCUUGUAUUUUGCCAACAACCACGACAGCAACAGUAAUAAUUAUGUUGUGGUGGGCCGAAAUGUUCUACUUUCUGAUAUUCCAGAAUCCUGCGCCGUUAAUAAAAUCCUUCCGGCAAAGAUCCAGGAUGCUGAGUCUCACCUCAUCACAACAGGAGAUGAUGUGGAAUUCCAACACAUACACGAUAUCUUGACUGAUGGCUUUGAACUCAGCUGGACAUGGGACGCUUAUGGCACAGGGUUGAAGAAACCAUUUUGGUGCCGCCUUUUAUCAAUUCUAGUUGGAUUUCAGGAAUUUGUCAGUUCUAUGGUAGAGCAAACCCCUCCUCGGUUUCAGGGGCUUGAGAUCAGAGGACUCCAGGUUUUAGGUAUGUUGUUGAAUCUGCUUGCUAUCACAUUCAGUACCCUUUCAAAAACGAUCAAAUGAAAGAAUAUCUGUUCAUUGGCUUCUAUUUUCUGUUGCAGUCGUAGUAGUCUCUGCAAGAACUUUUAUUGGCGUUCUAUUGUUGAUGGCGUUUCUCAUUUACAAGGGCCGUCGAAGGCAUUUGUCAAUGUAUGAUUCAAUAGAAGAGUUCUUGAAAGUAAAUAAUGGCCUCGUGCCUAUCAGGUACUCCUACAGAGAAAUAAAAACCAUGACCAACAAUUUUAGGGAUAAGUUAGGUGAAGGAGGGUAUGGU